GGGAGCUCUGCCUGUGUCCCGCUGUGCCUGUGUCCCGCAGCGCCUGUGUCCCGCAGCGGCGCGGCCAUGGGCACUCGCCUCAGGCUCGCCGCUCUCUGGGGGACGGCGCUGGCUGUGGCGGGCGGCGCGGCCGUGGCGGCCUGGGCCUGGGCCCGUCUGCGGCGACGCCCCGCGCUGCCCACCGUUCGCCCUGCCGCUGUCGCAGCCGCCGCUGAUCAGGGUAGAGGACACAGCAAGCAGAUCCUGGUGCUGGGCCUGGACGGGGCCGGGAAGAGCAGCGUUCUGCACUCCCUUGCAACUAACCAUGUGAAGCGCAGUGUGGCUCCCACCGAGGGCUUCAAUGCCAUCUGCAUCAACACGGAGGAGUCCCAGCUGGAGUUCUUGGAAAUCGGGGGCAGCGAAUCUCUACGUUCAUACUGGAAGAUGUAUCUGCCCAAAGUGAUGUUGUUAGUCUAUGUUGUGGACUCGGCUGAUCAUGCCCGACUGCCUAUGGCAAAACAGCUGCUUCAUCAACUGAUCCAGAGCAACUCCACCCUGCCGGUGGUGGUUCUGGCCAACAAGCAGGACCUUGAAGGAGCGUAUUGCAUCACUGAUAUCCAUGAUGCUCUGGCACUGUCUGAUAUUGGGGAUGAGAGGAAGAUGUUCCUGAUUGGUACCCACGUGGCAGAAGAUGGCUCUGAGAUCUCCUCCAGCAUGAAGGAUGCCAAGGAGCUCAUAGCGCAGCUGGUUUUGGAAUCACAGUGACAGCACUUUUCCUGCAACUUGACACUGCUAGUUGAGGGAGCAGAGGUGUUAGUGUAAGGUCAGUUUGCUCUGUGACAACAGGUAUCUUUUCCUUUUGGGUGUGGAAUUCCUCUGAAAAUGAUGUGUAGCUAGUAAGAAAAUUUAAUUUGUAGUGGUUUGAAAGUACACUUGAAAAGUAGUCUAUUUUUUAGUGUAUUUGUAGGGGGAAGUUAGUAUCUUGGACAGCAGAGUUAAGGGCAUGUAUAGCUUAGAUGGAUGAUGAUAGCUUCUUGUCAGGUGAAAAUUAAGCAUUGACUAGUGAACACAGCUGUGUCCAGUGCAUUUAACGUGGCUUGAUGUCUCAGGAUUAAAUGGAGAUAUGUUCAUUUCAGGAAUUUUACAGAA